AGAAACAAAAAGACGUCUCCGAGUCUUUCACUGUACUUUAUGUUGGGAUUCGGGACUAUGGGGGGAGUAAAGAGAAGAUGAAAAGCUCAGAAUUUUCAAAGAAAGAGAAAAGAAGAUGCAAAACAAGCGAAUGAAAUCAGAAGAAAAGGAUAUCCCGGUUGUAAUGAUAGAAAGCAGUAGUGAGGAAGAAGAAGAAGCAGAAAACGAUGACGAUUACGUUGGUGAUAGUGAUGAAGAUAGUUGUGAUCAUUCAAGGGAGAAUAUCAAGAAGAGGAAAGUGGGUUCUAACAAAACUACAGGAGGAAAUAGUAAAAGGGAGUCCAAAAUGUGUCAUCAGUGCCAGAGGAGUGACAAAGACAGAGUGGUGUGUUGCUCGAAAUGUAAGGCCAAAAGAUAUUGUGUUUCUUGCAUGACUCGAUGGUACCCUAGGAUGCCAGAGGAGGCCUUUUUAAAAGCUUGUCCUGUAUGUCGUCACAUUUGUAACUGCAUAGCAUGCUUGCGGUUAGAUGGGUUGGCUAAACAUUUGAUGAAUGUAGAAGUGAAGUUCAGUGAUGAAGAAAAACUUGAGUACUCUAAGCACAUUCUACGAGCACUUUUGCCUGCUUUGGAACAAUUUAAUACAGAGCAAAUGAUCGAAAAGGAGAUUGAGUGCCAUAUACAAGGAUUGCCAGAUUCAGAGGUUAAUAUACGCAAAGCAAAAUACGAGAAGGAUGAACGCAUUUAUUGCAACUAUUGCAGUGCUUCGAUUGUUGAUUUACAUCGGAGCUGUUCUAUCUGUUCCUAUGAACUUUGCCUAACUUGUUGCAAAGAACUAAGGAAUGGAAACCUUCAAGCAGGUGCAUCCGAAGUGAAGGUGCAAUAUAUUGACAAUGGACCAGGUUAUUUGCAUGGUAAACCUAGUAGCAUAACUCCAGCUAAGAAUGGAACUUGCACGGAAACUACUGAAUUUAAAUUAAGGGAUCAUACAAAAGUGACAAUGGCAUCUAAAUGGAAACCCAAGGAAAAUGGUGCCAUUCCUUGCCCUUCAAAAGAUAUGGGAGGUUGUAGUAAAGGCACCUUAAAUUUGAGAUGUAUAUAUUCUGAGAAUUGGAUGUCACAGCUGUUACUGAAAGCUAAAGAAAUAGCACAAAAGUGUAAAUUGAAGGAAAUAUAUAAUGAUUCAGAACUUCAUUGCUCUUGUUCAAAAUCUAAGGGUGCAAAUGAUACUUCCGGUGGCAAGCUACGUAAGGCAGCUGCUAGAGAAAAUUCUGAUGAUAACUAUGUAUUCUGUCCAGCAGUUGGGGAUGCUCGGCAUGCAAACUUGAAGCAUUUUCAGUACCAUUUGUUCAAGGGUGAACCGAUAAUUGUAACUAAUGUACUUGAUAAUGCAUUGGGAUUGAGCUGGGAACCUAUGGUUAUGUGGCGUGCUUGUCGACAAUCAAAGAAGGCUACUGAUGUUUUAAAUUGCUUAAAUUGGUGUGAGUUGGAGAUGAAUAUUCACCAGUUUUUCAAAGGGUACAUGGAGGGUCGCUUUGACAGUUAUGGGUGGCCUCGACUCUUAAAGUUGGAUGACUGGCCGCCGUCAGGUCUAUUUGAUGAGCGGUUGCCGCGUCAUGGUGCAGAAUUUUCAAGUUGUUUACCUUUUAAGGAGUAUACACAUCCUCAAUAUGGCUAUCUCAAUCUCGCCCUAAUACUUCCUGAUAACUGUUUGAAGCCAGAUUUGGGUCCUAAGGCAUACAUUGCUUAUGGUUUUCCCAUGGAGCUUGGACGUGGAGACUCAGUCACCAAACUACACUAUCUUGUGUCUGAUACGGUGAAUGUCUUGAUGCACACUCAAGCAAUGGUCCCAACAGUUGAACAGCUCUCGGCCAUAGAGAACUUGAAGCAGAAUCACAAAGCGCAGGAUCAGAGAGAAUUUGUAACUUGUUCUAAUAGAACGACCCAGAGGAUACGGCUGAAGUUUUCUCAGGAUAAGCAGAACUGUGAUAGUUUGAAAGUUGAGAAUAGUAAUAAAGCUGAGAAUAUGAAGUAUAGCCAGCAAGGUUUGAAAGUUGAGAAUAGUAAUGAAGGUGAGAAUAAGAAGAAUAGCCAUCAAGGUGUAAAAGCAGAAUGCGGAACAAAUAAAUUAGGAGAAAAGUACCAAUGUGGGGAAGAUAGUACUAUUUUUGGGCAGAACAGGUCGGAAGGAUUUGAGGAAGAUGGCGGUGGUGCUCUAUGGGAUGUCUUUAGGAGGCAAGAUGUUCCUAAACUGGAGGAAUAUCUCACAAAGCACUUCAGGGAAUUUAGGCAUAUAUAUGGCUCACCGUUGCCGCAGGUUGUUCAUCCCAUUCAUGAUAAAACUUUCUACUUGAGCACAGAGCACAAAAGGAGGCUAAAGGAAGAAUAUGGCAUUGAACCAUGGACUUUUGUUCAAAAAUUAGGUGAAGCUGUUUUUAUUCCUGCUGGAUGCCCUCAUCAAAUCAGAAAUUUAAAGUCCUGCAUCAACGUCGCUGUUGAUUUUGUAUCACCUGAAAAUGUGAAUGAGUGCAUCCGUUUAACUGAGGAAUUUCGGAAGCUUCCCAGAAACCAUGAUGCUAGGGAAGAUAAGUUGGAGGUAAAGAAAAUAAUUCUUCAUGCGGUGAGCCAAGCAUUGGAUCAUUUGGAAAAGACAACACUUAGGAACACAGAAGCAGGCAUUGCUGCGGGAUCAUCCUCAUCAAGUCUGAUAAGCAAAAGUAUAAAUGCUAUGACAGAACCAAGUAUGCCAAAGUCUGCCUCUGUUAUGGAAGAUCUAUCCAGCGGCAAGGAUGCCAUGAGAGAAGAAUAUAUUGCUACAAGUGAGGAUGAGAAACCAAGAACUGAAGUUGAUCUACCUUCGCCACUUCCAGUUCUUGUUCAUUCGUCUUCAGCGAAUAAGGCUCAAGAAAGUACAUCAGUUCCAGGACAAAACUUAAAGCAGUCCAUCAAUAUAGAAGAUGUGGAAUCAACUUUCCACACGGUUCAAUCAUUCUUGAAGUCUUUACCAGAGCAGUAUUCCGGCCAACAAUCAGGCCUCCAGAGCGACACUGUCUCAACCCAAACACUCGCAAAAGUAAUAUUUGAAUGCUCAAUCAGAAUGUCUUUGGAGGCAUUAGCUGAUCCAAUGCAUGAAAAAGAAAUGUGUGGUGCUAUUGCUGCUUUAAAUGAAAAUCCCUCGUCGUUUAGUGACGAACAAACCAAGCAAUUGGUAAAACUUAAGUAUGAAUUCCCUUUCAUGCUUAAGAAAUGGAGGGACUUGGCACAAGCUGAAUCAAGUUACCAGGAAUUCUUGACCAAAUUUGAAGAGGAUAGGAAAAAAUUGGAUAAUUGGAUUAGAUCAGAAGCAAGGUUGAAGUCAGAGUAUGAGAAAAAGGAGGAACAAGCUAGGGAAUUGGAAGCAGCCCUCCAAACUAUAAAGACCAGGCAAAAAGAAAUCAUGAAUGAAAGACAAGAAGCUUCUCAAGAAGCUCAAAGAAUCAUGUUGUUAGCUCAAGAAAAAGCUGGCAAGGUAGGGAGCACUAGAACUGAAUUGAUAACAACAAAAAUGCAGAUGGAUGGCUUGCGAAAAAAUUGGUCCAACUUUCAGUCUUCAUUCCCAUAGGCCUAUUAUGGCUCUUAGGAUUAGGUACAUUCUGGAAGGUGGAGUCAGUCCAUUGUGUACAUGUAAAAUGUAGAAGAAUGAAUUGUGCCAUCUUUCUUUUUCCCGAAAACUAUUUAAUCUGCUGCAAUCU